GGUGCCGGGCGUGUCUGCUCCCUUCCCGUGCUCCGGCUGGGCUGAAAGUGCUGGUAGGGCGCGCCGGCCACUGCCAAGAGCUGCGAGAGUCUCCAGAAAAGAAAAAAAAAAAGUAUAUUUCAGUAGGUGAAAAUCAGAGGAAGUAACUGCUGACAUAGGAAGACUGUACUUAAAGGACAUUUCUGAAAGAAAACUUUGAAGAUGUGGUGAAGAGCCUGUAUUUUCCCCUGUGUGGUAUAUAGUGCCUUAAAAAAUGGGGUUUGGAGGUGACCUGAAGUAUUCUCAUGAUGCUUUGUUAAAACUGCAAGACUGGGAACUGCGACUGCUGGAAACAGUGAAGAAAUUUAUGGUAAUGAGAGUAAAAAGUGAUAAAGAAUAUGCGUCCACUUUACAAAAUCUUUGUAACCAAGUAGAUAAAGAGAGUGCUUGUCAAUUGGAUUAUAUCAGCAAUGUGUCCAAGUCUUGGUUGCUUGUGGUACAGCAAACAGAACAGCUGAGCAAAAUAAUGAAGACGCAUGCAGAGGAUCUUAAUUCUGGGCCCUUGCACAGGCUUACAAUGAUGAUCAAAGAUAAGCAGCAAGUUAAGAAGAGUUUCGUAGGUGUUCAUCAACAAAUUGAAGCAGAGAUGUACAAGGUCACAAAGACAGAACUAGAGAAACUUAAAUCUAGCUACAGGCAACUAAUAAAAGAAGUAAAUUCUGCCAAAGAAAAGUAUAAAGAAGCUGUGGCGAAAGGAAAGGAGACAGAGAAGGCCAAAGAUCGGUGUGAAAAAGCCACUAUGAAACUUCAUAUGUUGCAUAACCAGUAUGUGUUGGCACUGAAAGGAGCACAAUUGCAUCAGCACCAAUAUUAUGAUACUACGCUUCCUCUAUUACUUGAUUCACUGCAGAAGAUGCAAGAAGAAAUGAUUAAAGCCCUAAAAGGGAUCUUGGAUGAGUAUAGUGAGAUCACCAGCCUUGUAACAGAAGAGAUUGUGAAUGUUCAUAAAGAGAUCCAGACCUCUGUGGAACAGAUAGACCCUAACUCUGAGUAUAAUGACUUCAUAGAUACUCACAGGUCAUCGGAAGUUGUUGAACAAGAAAUAGAGUUUGAUACAUCUUUACUAGAAGAAAAUGAAAACCUUCAAGCUAAUGAGAUAAUGUGGAAUAAUUUAACAGCAGAAAGUUUGCAAGUCAUGUUAAAAACAGUCAUAGAAGAACUGAUGCAGACACAGCAAACCCUUUUGAGCAAAGAGGAACUUGUUUUGGAGCUAGAGAAAAAAAUAGAAGAGUCGUCUAAGACAUGUGAAAAGAAGUCUGAUAUUGUACUCUUGCUGAGCCAAAAGCAAGCACUUGAAGAACUUAAGCAAACAGUCCAGCAAUUAAGAUGUUCUGAGGCAAAAUUUGCAGCCCAGAAAGAAUUACUGGAACAAAAGGUUCAAGAGAAUGAUGGGAAAGAGCCACCACCUGUAUUGAAUUAUGAAGAAGAUGCCAGAUCAGUGACUUCUAUGAAUCCAAGACUUGGUGCUCUAAUUAGUAUGAUCAACAAACCAGUAGCCAGAGUCUUCUUCUACAGAUUUGGAUUUGAAGUGAAUGUGUUCAGAACUCUCAACUAA